AGCUGCCAUGCCGAUUCUACACUUCCGGUGUCAUGUCUGCCUACACGUGGAGCUCAUGUUAUAUUAGAUUAUAGAAGUGUAUGUUAUUAUUUGUGCGUAAAAACUAUCGCCAUGAUGGUUGGCUUGUUCAGUCUUUCUAAUCACAAUCUGUGUUGAUUUAUAGUGUUAACUAGCGGUAUAGAGUAAUAAACAAGACAGAAGUAAGUAGUUGGGUCCCCCCCCCCGAUAACUAGUACAAUGACAGAAACAGCAAAGAAGAAGAGCUUUGCUGAGCAACAGCUUCUCCGUCACGGCUGGGAGCAAGGUAAAGGUCUUGGAAGGGCUGAGAAUGGCAUUUCUGAAGCAAUCAAAGUUAAAGUGAAAUGUGACAAAGGAGGGGUUGGCCAUAAAGAAAGUGAGCAAUUCACAUUUCACUGGUGGGAUCAUGUGUUUAACAAGGCAUCUGCCAAUUUAUCUGUGGAGUCAGACCAGAAUGGAGUGGUGUUGAAGAAAACGGAGGAAGAAGAAGAUGGAAUGGUUUCUAACAAGAAGCCUCGUAAGGCCCUGAUGAACAAGUCAAUGCUCUAUGGAUGCUUUGUCAAGUCUGCUACGCUCCUCUCAGGGCAGGAACAGCCUGAAGUAAAAUCAUCUGGCUCUGAGGACAGUAGCUCUGAAGAUGAAGAGAAGCUAGACCUUUCCAGUACCAAGAAUUUAUCUGAUGCACAGCUGAUGAAAGCAUGCGGAGGACGAACUGCACAUAAAGGUGCCAGACAUGGUCUUAAGAUGAGUGCCAAGCUAGCCAGACUGGAGCAACAAGAGCAAGAGUUCAUAGCAAAAUAUGGCAAGAAAAAGCAGAUGGACAAAUCCACAUCUCUGAGUGAUGCAGCACUCAUUGAGCAUAGUUCUUCGUUAGACCAGGAGAGGGCAGAGAAAACCGAACAGAAGAAAGCCAAGAAAAAAAAGCAGUGCUCAGAUGAUACCAAAGAGAAUGGGGCCCAAGACAACAGUGAAUCUUCACAGGAACACAAGAUGUCGAAAAAGCAAAAGAAACGGUCAAAAGACAAAGUUGAUUUAGAAUCCAAAGAUGCAGCAGAUUCUUUCGUGGACCCAAAGAGAAAGACAAAAAAGACCAAACUUGAGCAGGAAGAGGAAAGUACAGAGAUGCAGGAAGAGGUAACUGAACAUCAACCAACAGAGGAAAGUGUGUUCAAGAAGAAGAAGAAGAAGAAGAAGAAACACACAGAAAAAAGUACUGCACCGGUCAGUGAAGAGUCUGUGGAAAAACCAGAGAGUCGUGAGCUUCAGCCAGAACCUGACGCCUGCAAGAAGAGGAAAAAGAAACCCUCCAAGGCAAAUAAAGACAAGCCGCCAGCUACAGAAAUAGACAGCUGCUGUAGUUUGGACAUCACUACAGCAGAGAAAGUUCUUUCUCUACAAUCACAACCAAAAAAAAGGAAACAGAGAGAAGAGGAACUAGAGGCAGAGACUGAGAAUAGUGAUAUUAAAAAAACAUCUGAAAAGAAGAAAAAGAAGCAUACGGUUUGAUGGUUUCUGGUGAAUUAUUUAAAUGCUAUGCCAUAUGUUGAACUUGUCACCUUUGUUAGGAACACCUGUUCCUUCAUGUAGUGUACUCAAAUCAGCCAUGCACAUGCAGGUCACAAGCUUCACUUAAUGUUCACGUCAAUGAAAUGAAAUGAAUGGGGAAAAGUGUGACUUAUGCAUUGUGUUGCAUAAAGUGGAUAAUGAAUGAAUUUAUGUUCUGAAAAAGUAUCAUUUUAUAGGGGAUCUAACAGAGAUACUGUUUGUACUGCACUGCAUCAUGACUUUUUUAAUUCUUUUUCAGUUUUUUCUAUCCUGUUCUAAAUUAGUGAAUUUCAAGCCUGGUUCAUUCUCAUCAUAUCCCCUUAACUCCCUGAACUUGCUCAGUGUUUUAUGCAGUCACCUAUUUUAAUAAUUUUUGAUUUAUAUUUUUUAAUUUACUACAUUUUUUUAGAUUUAAAGGCCAUUUUAAUGAAAUAUGCAUUUUAAUUAAGGUCUUGAUUUUACGUGUCCUGUACCAGCAAGACCUAAUAGCUUGUUACUGUUGCUUUCAGUCAAAAUAUAAACAAAGCAAACAACCAUACAGCUGAUUACUGGCUGAGCCGGAGUCUGGUUGUAGAAUGAGAUGGACGGUAUGAAUCGCUUAUUGAUGCUGUUUUGUUUGUGUCCAUGUUCAGGGUUGAAUUUCUUUACACGUUACACUCCACAGUGGUGCUUAAUGGCUCAUAUGAAAAUAGACACUCAGGAUUUUUGUAGUUAUUAAUUAGUAUUUAUGGUUUUGCCUAGUCUAGUUUUAAAAUAAAGUGCUUAUUUUCUCUGAGACGCCCAAGUGCUUGUUCAUAAGCAUCUAUAAUUUAAAGGUGUUCUCUUUAUUAGAUUGAAGAUUUAUUAGAAUUCAGUCUCCUGAUGUUGGGUCACCACUUUCCUGCUUCACCAGUCACAAGCCAUAGUCAACGUUUAUUAGCUGAGUUUAACAGCAGCUCCUACAGUUCUAAUGAUAAGUAAACAUUUUCAGAACACGUUUUAAAUUCCUUUCUGUUAAGUAUGUUAUAUGGAUUAACAAAAAUCCUCCAGAGGUUUUUGCUGUCUACAUUUGACUCGGCCAUACCAUCACUUUCAUCUCACAGAUAAAUCUGUUAUACAUGCCACAACUUUCCACAACCCAGUUGUAUAUAUCUGCUUUUACAGGUACUGACAACACACAGUUGUCUUUGGGUUGAUUAGGUGGAGUCCAUGACCUGUGAAGAAGAGUAGGAUUCAUCAUCUUGACAAAAACUAAUGAAAAUGUAGUUGACUAGGAUUUGCCUGGACAUUAUCAGUGGUUGCAGCAGAAUAUGAGGUUCAAUCUUCAUUCAUAAAAUCUUACCCAUUGUUCUGAAGCUCAGCGCCGGUGGACCAAAUCCACAAGUUGUUCUGUUUAGAAAGUCCAAUCCAGUACCCAUGAUAGUCGUCAUAGUAAAAGGGUGUGUUCUGUCUUAUAAAUUCCUUUGAAUGUACAGAGGAAGUAAAUGAAUCAAAUUAGAAGGAUCACUAAUCAUGUUCUGUAAAGUAGAAUUGCAGGACAAAUUCUGUAAUUGUAAUUUAAUUAUAAAGAACAGUUGUGUGCCUCUGUAAACAUCCUAGAUUUAAAAUCAAUCACAGAAGCAGACCUUUACAACCUGUAUUAAGAAGUUAAAACAUUAUGAAAUCAUUUACAGUUCCUUGUUCACCUGUAUAACUUUAAUCCUCAUGUUCUGUUGACAUUUGUUUUACUUCUUUAUUGUUUGGGUUCACUAUGACCCCAAUGACUAAACUGUAAAAAGAAAUUAUUAUAAUUUUGAAAUUAAUAAAAUGAAUCUUGAAAUUAUUGAACUGAUAAAAGCAUAGAAAUAAGGUGUAUCAUUAACUCUUACAAUUACUGAAGUUGGAAUGUUCGUUUCAGAAAGGCAACUAAAUACAGAAAUGACCAUAUCAUUUCUUAAUUGAAAAUCUGUAUAUAUUGUAUAUAUGCUCUUGAGCAAAUAUAAGAGAGGGAGAGAGAGACAGAUAGAAUUGUACUCAGAAAUUGCACCUUGGGUACAAAACAGAUGCAAAACGUGAAAAUCAUUUUGUUAUAUUCAAUAGCAUUUAUCACUCUGGUCAGGUGUGAAUAUCACCCCAAACAUUUCAUGUGUGUAGCCAUGUGUGUGUGUCAUAGCAGACAUUAGAAACCUAAUCAUUAAGUUAAAACACAUUUCUGGAAAGGACCUUUGUAAAUGGAAAGUCAGGAUAAAAAAACAAA